UUUUCGACUUCUUAAUAAGUUUGAGUUUCCACGUUCGAUAAUGUCUACGUGUAAGGCUGUUUCUAGUAAAUUUCGAAUGCUGUUUACAACCGCGCUGCUGAUAACGUGAAGUAACUUGUCAGGAUGCCUUUGGCAAGAAGAUGGCUAAACGCAUGGAUUUAUUUCGGAUGCAUUUGGGGAUUGGCAGUGGGCUCGCGUCCGCAAUUUGAUACUUCCACUAAUAUGGGUCUGGUGCUCGUCCCGGCCGACGCAGAAGUCGACUCCGUGAUAUUCAGACUUCGGGCAACUGAUCAGGAUGCAGAUUUUCCACUGGUAUUCGACAUAACGGCCGUAGUCCAGCCAAUCGUUCGGAUCGACAACCUGCCUUGUACUCUGUACAACAAAGUGUGCCAGGCCAAUGUGAUCCUGACACGACGGCUCGUCCCUGGACGUCUCCACGAUUUUGCGGUUCGGGUUAAGGACUCGAAGGGCGAUUCGAACUCGAUGCAGGCCACGAUCUCUGUCACCAAUGCGUCGACACCCCGAGACAUGAUCUUUCCACAUGUGCCAUCCAUUAUAAUGGUCCCUGAGGAUACCAAACCCGGCAAGGAGUUGGAUUAUCUACUCGUGCGUGCGAACCCGUGGCAGGGAAAACCGGUGUACAUCGAGUUGUGGCAACCCAAGGAACUUUUCACCAUACGGCAACGACAAACGCCGACUCAGACUCGAGGGGUUAUAACGUUAAUAGGAGAACUCGACUUUGAAACCCAGUCAAUGUACACACUGACCAUGUACGCGACGGAUCCUUACACAGAGCCUGGGAAAGACACGAGAAAUAUCGCAGGUGUCCACGUGGUUGUGAUUGUUCAGGAUGUCCAGGACGUACCUCCUGUCUUCACAAUCGCUCCCCCCUUGACCAGGGUGAACAAUUCCGUGAAGCCUGGGGAUGUCAUUUUGCGGGUCCAUGCCGAGGAUGGUGACAAGGGUACGCCUCGUGAGGUCACGUAUGGUUUGGUCUCGGACGAAAACCCCUUAACACCGUUCUUUAACAUUUCCGAAUGGACUGGAGAAAUCACGUUGGCCCGACCCUUGGAUGAGCUUACUCAAAUUACGCACGUAGGGGCGCCAAUUUUACUGACGGUGGUAGCUGAGGAGGUGCGUCGUUUAAGAGACGAACCCCCGGCGCAAGCGACUGUAGUAGAACUUGGUCUGCUCCUUGGAGAGCCGGGGAAUAGCCCUCCCUACUUCGAGAGUGACAGCUACAUGGCGUGGAUGGACGAGAAUGCUCCGCCUGGUACAACCGUGAUGUUCGACAAACCUUACUUGACUACCGUGCGAGACGAGGACAUCGGGAAAACGGGCGUAUUCGCCUUGAAGCUUGGAAAGAACAACGGGACUUUUGAAGUAACGCCGACGGUGGCCGAAAGAGUGGCCGAUUUCGUGGUGACAGUGCGCGACAAUGCUCUGAUAGACUUUGAAGCCCGAAAGACGCUCGAAUUCAUGAUAAUCGCUCAGGAAGUUGGACCUGCGACAAACCUCUCGACGUCGGUACCGGUCAUCGUGUUCCUGAGGGAUGUUAACGACAACCCACCAGAGUUUGAAAAAGACAUAUACGAGGUCACGUUGAUUGAGAACGUCUCACCGAAGAUGAGAGUUGUCCAGGUGCACGCUACUGACAAAGACACUGGACUGUCGGGUAGCGUGCGGUACACUGGGAUUAUUGGACCUGGUAAUGAGACCUUGACUAUGGACUCGGAGACCGGGUUGAUUGUCGUGGCCGAUGGUUCACCGGGACUGGAUCGCGAGGUGACGGCGAGUUUGCGGUUAUUUGUAGAAGCUCGUGACGAGAAUGGUAGGGGUCUUUCAAGCGCUGUGCCAUUGAUUGUCAACCUGCUCGACGUUAACGACAACGCUCCGAUAUUCGAUAAACCGAUCUAUGAGUUCAUCCUGAACUCGGAUCAGACCAAUUUCACCAGCCCAGCAUUCAUCAGGGCAGUCGACGCUGACGCUGAACCUCCGAACAAUGAGGUUCGGUACGAGCUGAUGCAUGGAAAUUACGGAAACAAAUUUCGUCUGAACGAAGUAACCGGCGAAUUAACACUCCGAGAACCGCUGACCAAAUCGAGGCGAAGGCGGAACAAUGAUUACGUUACCUUUGCAACGAAAUUCAAAAGCAAUCUGCUGCAGACGUUGAAUAUGUUCCAAAAAAUUGGCGGUUCUACAGAGAAACCGUUGAGGAUAUGGAAAAACCGUAAAAAACGAGCGGCUGAAGAUGUGGUGUACACUUUAACUGUUAGAGCCUACGACUUGGGGGUUCCGCACCUCUCGAGUACGGCAAAGGUGUAUAUUAUCAAUGCAGCGCCGAUGGGCGCGCUCACGCUCAUGUUGGUGGUUCCAGCGAAGGAUCUCGACCCAAUGCACACGGCGGAAAUUUUAACAGCCAUCACCGGCGGACGCGUAACCAUCCAAGAUAUACGGCCUUACGAUCAGCCCGGACGGCCGAAUAACGGAAUAGCUCAAGAAGAGAAGAUGAGUAUAGUUGUGGCGCGGGUCGAGCCAACUAUGUCCGGUACAUUUCUCGUGGAUAUAGAAAAAAUUCACAAAAGCUUGGUUGCCAACGGCAUGAAUAUUGUACCUGUUAUCGACGCGAAGACGGAUUCGUCCAAGAUAGAUUUUACUCCCCCUGUUGUUGGGAGUUCCGUUACAAACCCGAUUGGGAACUCCAUUGGAAACUCAGCUGGAAACAUUGGAGGAACAGUUAGCGGUGCGCCCAACAGAAAUAAUGGAAUUAAUGGUGGUACAGUUCAGGGAAAUGCCGCUAGCAAUGGCAGUGGCAGGGGGAGUGAAAACACUAUUGGUGGCAUCGGUGAAGGUAGCACUAAUAGCGGAAAAGGGGGUGAAAAUACUGUUGUUGGAACGGGUGGAGGUAGCACUGUUAACGGCAAAGGGGGUGAAAAUACUGUUGUUGGCAUAGGUGGAGGUAGCACUGGUAGCGGCAAAGGGGGUGAAAAUACUGUUGUUGGAACGGGUGGAGGUAGCACUGGUGACGCCAAAGGGGGUGAAAAUACUGUUGUUGGCAUAGGUGGAGGUAGCACUGGUAGCGGCAAAGCGGGUGAAAAUACUGUUGUUGGAACGGGUGGAGGUAGCACUGGUAACGGCAAAGGGGGUGAAAAUACUGUUAUUGGCCUGGGUGGGGGUAGCACUGGUAGCGGCAAGGGGGGUGAAAGUACUGUUGUUGGAACGGGUGGAGGUAGCACUGGCAGCGGCAAAGGGGGUGAAAAUCCUGUUGUUGGAAUGGGUGGAGGCAGCACUGGUAGCGGCAAAGGAGGUGAUAAUACUCUUGGCGGUGUGGGUGGAAGUAGUACUGGUAGCGGCAAAAGGGGUGAAAAUACUAUGGAUGGCAUCGGUGGAAGUAACGCUGGUAAUACUGGAGAAGGUACAAUUGGAAAAACUUCAUUAGGAACGUAUGAAAGUUCAGGUGGAAAAUCGAAUAUCAACAUAGUUAAUAAAACGACAUUGGCUUCAGAGAAUGAGUAUAUUGUAUAUAAAGCAGAAAAUAAACUACUGCUUUGGCUUCUAAUUCUUUUGGGGCUGCUCAUGUUGCUAGCGUUGUUGGGUCUGAUUCUUUGCUGCAUAUGCCCAGGAUGUCCAUUUUACAUGGCACCAAGAAAGAGACGGGUGCAUUCGUUAGAGACUGUGAAUUACGUUGAAGGAAGACCGAAGCGCCACCUUCGUAGGAAGCAGGAUAACGUCGUUAAAGCUGAAUGGUCUGAAAAAAAGCAGGCCUGGAGCGCCGACCCAAUGCGGCAUAACUGGCAAUUCAACCGGCGCAACAUGAAGAACCGGGGAAUCGCCUCACUGCCGGGAGACGUGGCCGAGGCGAGGACACUACAGGGUGUAUCAAAGGCACCUUCCCUCCGGCUGAGAGACGGUCCUCCAUCCUGGAGGGUUCAAGAUAUGACCCAAAAGCGUCAAGACGAGCGUCUUUACGUCGAAGACGUAGAGGCAGGGCAAACGUAUGAUAUAGGGGACCUAGAUUCGCUGCGAAGACACGAAAUGGAGCGAGGUUCAGACGUUCUACGCCGCAGUUACCACCCGGCGGAUGAGACAUUGCAACUUCCUCGCGAACAGCAAUUUUAUAGAGAUGGUAACGCGGAGGUCCUUCGUCUAAUAACCAGAGGUCACGAAAAGGAUAACGACGUAUCACCGCAAGCCCAACGGCCGAUUACUCUGGUUCUAGAUCAACAGGUACUUGGCUAUCGAAGUGACGGUAAAGACAUUCUCCUCCGUCGGUUCAUGGAAGAUCAGAGGAUACGACAACAUCAGGAUAUUAAUGGAAGUGUGCAAGAGAUCUCUGUAGAAGGUUUAGAGUCCAGUCAACAGGGUAGCGGGCAGUUUCUCCAGAAACACGAAGUUCUUUUGGUACCCAACAAUUUGGAACCCGAUCGAAGGCAGUAUAUGGGAGAAAAAUCACCAAGUGUUCAAUGUCUAAUACUCGAUCACGGUGAUCUUGAAGCUGAAGAAGAAUUGAAGGUGCGAAAGCAGCAGAUAGAAACUAAACAGGCAGAGCUACAACAACAGAGAAAGGCAGCUGCAGCGAUGCUCGUCGAAACCGCAGUUGCCAAAGCUACUGAAAACGCUGAGCAGCAUGGAUCCUUCCUGAAUAUUCCAACCUACGCUUCCCAACAUGCCGAGUUGGCUAAACAGAAUGCAUUACUGACGCAGCUGGUGAUGGACAGAGAUGCAAGAAGCCUCAGAGUUUCGGGGCUAGACGCAAGUAAUUAUUUAGAGACUCAGAGUCUGCCGGGUCAAGUGGCAAUUGCGACUCAGACUGACCGUACGGCAGCGACGCAGACCGAUCCAUUUACUCAGGUUCGAAGUAGAAGUGAUAACGAUGAGUCCGACGACGAUGUUCAGUCACGGAGAAAAUCAAAGUCCAAGAAGCGCUUUGGCAGCGAAUUUAGGAGAUCACGAAGCCUCUUAAUGAGGUCACCGAUCCAGGAAGAAGCUCGAUCCAGUUCUGAUACAAGGACAAAUUUGUUGCGCCGCAAGGCUAAAGAUACACGAGAAGGCAGAAGAGCAGUCCUGGAGCCAGAAGUACUUCGGGAGAUAUCGGAUUCUCUUGACGAACAUACCAGCACGCCGUCACUGGAAGAAAGACUAGUUGAAAAUACAGAAUCACAAGAAAUUAAAAACGUAGAUUAUAAAAGCGAAGACCGUGCUGAUGUAAAUGGAGAAGAAUUUAGCGAAAUUCCAACGCAAUCGUCACCAGAUGCCGGCAAGAACAAGUAUCACGAACGUUCGCAUGCAAAUGCAGCUGUCGAAGACACGUCAAAGGCACAUAAGCUGGAAAUAAGCAAGACCAAAAAGCAACCCAGUCCUACUAAGUCCAAGAUCAAGUUACUAAAGACUGAGAUAAAGUCUGUCAGUUCGAAGAAGAGUGACAAAAAAGAAAGCGAUACGACGUCAAGUACCAAAAGCAUAUCUAAAAGUAAAUCCACGGAGUCGCAGAGCAGUAGCGGUGGAUUGGAAAAAAAUAAGAAAGAAAAUGUGGAUAAAAAAAAAUCUCUAAGCAAGUCGGGUCCAAAGCCAGUAAUGCUCAAAACAACGUCUGAAAAGUCUAUCAGGAAGAAUAAAACACGCGAACCAGAGGUCGUCCCUAUCGCCAAGAAGCGAACAUUGCUAAGGCAACUAAAGGCGAAGAAAAUGAGUACAGAGAGUUCUGAAGUUGAGGAACCUCCUGAUAGAUCGCGGCACGCGAGUUUAAAGACUAAAAAAUCGAAGCAUGAUUCAACAAAAGCUAAAGGGAUGAAUGUGCUGUCUGAUGAACCAACAUCACGAAGUUCAGAAACUGACCUAGGUCAAUUACCUCCGCGACAUCAACAAUCCGAUUCUUCUUCAAGCACUGCAACGACUGAACAAGAUACUAUAGCGGGCGAAAAAAAAACCUUGAUCAGUUCUAAGGUGAAAGAAAUGAAACAACGUGGCCAAAAAAAUAAAAUCGUUGAAGACUCGCAGGCUCAACAAGCUCAGCCCGAGUCAAAACCGAGGCAAGAAGUGGGAAAGGAUCUCGGUUCCCCGAAAACAAGAAAAAAAUUGACGCCUGGCGCGGUUCAAAUAACGGAGAAGGUUUCCGAUCCACAUCAAAUGACUGGUAAAGAACAUUCUAACAAACCAAACAGCUUGAACUCAAAAUUGGAUUCUGAUACUGUAAAAUUCGGUGCAGUUUCAAUAGAGACUCAACUGGAACCAACCGCUUACGACGCAGGCAAGGUGGGCGAAGGAUCUCAAAGUGAAUCUGGAAAGUUGAGGCCAACACUGAUUUCCGAGGCAUUAAAAUCUGACGAUAAAAAGAUAAUCAAAACAGAACCAGCGGAACCCUCGGCCGAUGAAGGUUCGAAGACUAUCGACGAGAUUUUAGACAAAUCCAAAGAAACUGAGGUUGAAGUUUCAAAAUCUGAAGUAAAUACUAUCAUAGAAAAACCGCUUGAGCCGAGCAGUGGAAAAUUACCAGAAAGCGAUGAAAAAAUUUCAGAUCAUUUAGGAGAAGCUGUGCCGAUUAUCGUUGCAAAUAAUUCAAAAAUUGACAAAAUUUUGUCACCCAUAGGAAAAGAGUUCGAGCCAAGUACUACGAAACCUCAAGAAGUUGCUCACAAGACUUCAGUGAAACCUGACAACGAGAGACCUGCUAUAUUAGAAUCGACCGUAACUAUUGCACCAGUAGAAAAACAAUCCGAUACAAGUAUCAAAGAUUCACUCAUGACUAAUGAAGAUUCUGAGAAAAUGACUACACAUGUUUUACCAAAAUCAGACUCUGAAGCUGCAGAAGCUGAUAUCAACACUCUCUCUAACGAGAAACCCAAAUCAGUUACACAGGAAAUGAUAAAAAUGUUUUUGGAGUCCGAAGCUGUGCACACCGCACGUGAUUUAAGACAGAGUUUUAUGAAAACAGAAGACAACUCGGUGUCGAGCUCAGGGAAAAGUCUGAACCCAGAUAUUAAUGAUGCUCUUGUAGUCGAGCUGUCCCAGGAGGCACGGACCCAGCAGGAUACGCCAGGCCAUGCAAAUUCAGCUGAGGAGACAAAAGGCAAAGGAGAAAUUAGGCCAAGUGAGGCCUCUAAAUCAUCAGCACCUCAAAUCCAGGAGAAAAAUGGCGAUGCAAAAUCUAAUUUAGUAGAUUCCACCACACUUGCCGUUACUCCAAGCUCCAGUCAAAUAAAAAAUAUUGAAGAUGUAAAUAAAACGACUCAUGGAAAUCCUGAAAAAGCGCUAAACGAAACUUCUUCGUCAAGUAACACGAACAUCUCGCCACCUGACAUCACACGCAGUGAAACAAAGCGUCCGGAUAUCACUCGACCAGAAAUUGAUCCACCUCAAAUGGAAGAAAAGAGUGGAUUAGCAAAUAGAGAUAAAAAUGAGCACGAAAAGCUCGAGUCUGCAGAUAUCACAAAUAAGACCUCAACUGCAGGCCUAGUGGGAAACAUUGCAAGUUCGAAAACAGUCAAAGUACUUUUGCCAACAGAUAAGUCAAAUGAUAAAAGUGUGAAUGAAGUGAUCGCGAUAAAGGAGAAGGAAAAAGAGAUAGAAGUAGAUCAGCACAGCUUGCCGACAGUAUCUGAUACCAAAGAUAAUGAUACGAAGUCACCGGAGCAAAAGAUUGCCCAAGUUUCUAACGCGAUCGAUAUUCCGACCAGAGAAUCUCCUUCGUUUUAUGUCCUAUCGGGUACGUCAUCUCCAGAAGAACGUGAUUCCAACCAAGAAAUACAUGGUAAAGAAAUUGCGUCUGAUCAACCUUCAACUGAAAAAACUGCAGCUGUACCGGUGCUAAGUAUUUCUGACUUGCCUACUGCCACCGAGAAGCGACAAAAAGCCAAUGUUGAACCUAGAAAAAUGCAGGGACAGCCUCUAGAUGCAGCAAAGAUGCAACCCGAGGAUUGGUACAAACAAUUACAAAUCGGUGAAAUAUCUAGCGAUUUUCCCGAGGUUACGGAACCGUAUCAAACUCCUCGUCAUCGAACCAAAAGUAGAGACGGAAAUGGAGAAGAACCUGGGAGCGUGGGAAUUCCGGCAAUAACGGCGCAGCUGCUGGACGAAGAAAAUAAUAUUACUCAGGCUGAACACGCGACACGAUCAACUGACAAACAUCCGGACGCAAAAAAAAAAGAAACUAAAAUUCAGCUGAAGGACGAAAAACCUAGUGCCUUCACAACUGAGAUUCAAGACGACGAAUUAACGCCAAGGUUAAUUGCAGAAGAGGCGAUCCGCAGCGGACUUGAAGAGCUUAUCGCAAGUUCCGGUACCUUGAAAAUGGAAAAACAAAGCUCAAAGCAACCGUCGUCUAAAACAUCUCCAAAAAACGAACGAGCCGAGACGUCGAAGCGGAAGUCGACCAAAGACGCAGGCCAAACUCCGUCGAGCGUAGAGACUAAAAAAUCAGUCAAGGAAAGAACGGAGAAGGGUUCUCAACCGAUAAAGAAGACCGCCGAAACUCAGGAGACCACGAAGGUAGGUAGACCGAAGACUGAGCCUAAAGGUGGGAGUUUGCUUGAAGGGGACACGCAACUGCAGGUGAGACCUCGUACUCAGCGGGGAAAGCCAAGCGAUCCUCGUCAAGACCCCACGUUCCAACGCUCGAAGCCGCAGGAGAGACCAGGAGGUGGUCAGGUGAGACGAAACGCGGAUGAAACCGAGCCCGAGGAAUCGGUCCAAUCGAAGCCAGCAGAGACGAAGACGGGUCACAUGUCGAGGUAUAAGCAGAAGCGAGAGGAGAUGGAACGGAAAAGAAAGGAGCUGAAAGAGGCCGCCGAGGAAGAGCAGAGGCCUCGCUGGCAGCGGAAGCCGCAACGUGCGCCAGUCAAGGAAGCCCCGAGGAUCAAGGACGUACUUCAGGAGGCCAAGACACCGGAAGGUGCGACGCCGAGGAGCCGGCGGAAGAUCAAACCUCUGGCGAACGCGGAGUCUGAGCAACUCAGGGCGAUGGUUAAGGAGGGGCGAAAGCUCCGAAAAGCCGAGGGGGGCGACAGCGACGAUCCCCCGGUUGAAAUAUUCGCGACCGAACCGCCUCGGCGAACGUCUCCGAGCCAUCGACCUUCGCGUCAGCAAUCCAGCUACAAGUACGAAAAAGUACAACCCCCGUUUUACCUACAUCCACCGCCGGUUCCGCAUCCCUCCCCGCAAAUUUCGCCGCUCCACGGGGCUCCGGAAUCAAAGCGACCCGACGACGACCUCGAUUCGGGAAUCGCGGUUUCUUUGCAGGGGGGUACGAAGCUUCGGCAUCAACAGCUCUUGGAGAAGAAGAGCGUCUUCGAUAUCGCGUAUAGCGAGGCAGCGCCGUCUCAGCUCAGAACAGACAGCACUACACCGCCGUCGUGAAUGUAAUGAAAGGAUAUUGCAAGCGAGUGCGUGGUCGUUACGAUGUCUCAUCGUAAUAGAAAUGGAAAUUUUACGGAAGAUUUGAAACAGAAGUAAGGUCUACCCGUGCUGUGAAAUUUGGACGAGGAUUCGAAGAAGGGAACAUUUUUCAAAGUGAAUUUUUAUACGGAUCUCGUUUGUCGUAAUACUCUUAUAAUCAUAUAAUAGCAAUGACAACUCACUGUCGGAAGAUUAGUAUAUAAGAUAUUUUUAUUCCCUAAUAUACCUGUCGUCUAGUAAAAAAUCAGUUCUGUCGAUAUUGACUAUAUAUAUACAUAUACACAGAUUUUCGGACAUUCUACGUACGUAAAUUAUAAGUACAAAAAAGGACGUCAUGCAGAAGUGAAAACGGCCCGAUAAUUUCUUGAUCGAAAGUACAUAUAUGCAUGGGUGUUAUUUAAAUGACCAAUUUUGUACAUGACGUAUAGCAAAUCGUUUUCUAGUAUAACGAAUAUUUAAUGA